GUUUUUGUUUUGUUUUCUUGCAACAUAUUUGACAAGUCAUUUUCUAAUUUUUGCUCCGUGGAACUGCUGAAAAAUAGGCAGAUUAUUCACAAACUGUGUUUUCUAUAAAUCGUUUAGUAAAUUGCACAAACGUUAUCAUAGAAAAAAUGCCGUUUGUUUAUCUUGGUAUCCAUUUGCCGUUCAAAUCGUAUAAAAAAAUCAAGGUGGAUAAUUUUGAUUUGGACAACAAAACGGGUCAACUACGCGAAGAGGCCAACAAGGCAAUCAGUGAUUUUGUUGGCGGAGAUUUCGAUUUAAUUUAUUGCGGGGAUUUGCUGCAGGAUGAAGAUGUUCUGAAAGACAAAGGAGUGAAAAGUGGCUCUAUGAUUCAUCUCAUUCAAAGAAAAUCGGAAUCUCCAAUUCCACAAGAAAUUCAUAGUUUUACGGAAGCUGAUGUCCAAGAAACAUUGGGAUUGUGGCGAACUGUGGAUUCGUCCAACUUUCAAAAAGUUCGACAUCCAGAAUUUAUGAAGAAUGCCUUGGAUGCAAAUCCUGCCAUUCGGAAAGAUCUGUGGGCGCUCUCCAUUCUCAAGGAUCCCAUUCUGUUGUCAUCUAUGCAACAACCAGAGACAAUUCGUCGUGUAGCUGAAAAGCAUUAUAUUCUAAUAGAAGCAUCGCGCUCAAUUGUCCAGCUGCUCAACUCGAAAAUGAUAUCGAAAUCUACAACAUUCUCUCCCACUAUUGAAAGCGCUCUGGACGACGCUCUUUCGGAUUCUUCUUCGAGUGAUGAUAAUACAUCUCCCACUACAUCCACAGGCGCACGUUCCGCGCGUCGCAUUACUGCCGACCAGCUGGCUUCGGCGCUGGCUAUUGCGGGUUCUUCAUCAUACAAUUCUCUGUCAAACAUUUCUCAGAGAGACGCCGAUAAUCGCGAGGGUAGCACCACCGAUCAGACUAAUCAACCCUCCACAUCCAGCAGCGCCCCGGCGUCAAACCGCAUAACGUCAUCCAUGUUCAUGAAUGCCCUGUCGGACGUAAUUCAAUCACAUCGACGCCAAUCGAGCGCCAAUUCAAACGAUCCGGAACCGAUGGAUACUUCUUCGACACCUUUAACUGGGGCUGGCAGUGGGGUUUCGGGGAUUGCAGACAACGACGUUGGUGCACAGGCACAGUCGCAACAUUCAACGUUGGAAGCGAGCCUCAGCCAAUACAGGGCCGAGCUGGAUCAAAUGAGAGAGAUGGGACUGACCGAUACCGAGACAAAUCUACAGGCGCUGAUCGUGUGCAACGGAAACGUAGAAGCCGCCGUGAAUCUGGUAUUCAGCGGAAUGGCAAAUUAAUUUAUAAUCAUAUUUUUUGCAUUAAUGCUUAUGGCACACAUGUCGUAAUUAGUCGAAUAAAUAUUGACUCACGUUCAUCUUAAGA